AUGGUGCGGUUGUGGGAGCACAAGGCCAGGGAGAAAAACUGGAAGGAAGUGGAAGAGAACAGAAGAUAUGAUGCAGAAGAGUGGAAUGGAGAGACAAUUGAGCAAGCAGAGCUCACACCCGUACAGAAGCCCUCGUUUCCCUUUUCGCCCCGGCAGCACCCCAUGAUGCUCAGCUUGGGAAAAACAAGCUGGAUUUGGCUCAUGUUCUGCUCUUCCCCAGCUCUGCAUGACUGCAUGGUGUCAGAGCGCCAACUCACCCAUCCCAGCUGCACUGAUUAG